AAAACGAGGCGCUUGACUGGUCGCGGUAAAAUUGCAAGACUAUAUUUCAUCGACUUGUUGGAGUUUUACUCUUUGAACAUGAAUGUAAGCCUUCCUAUAACGAAUUCCAUGAUUAAGGAUAAAGCAGAAUGUCAGAGCAAAGUCCAGCAACAACCCAAAGUGAAGAACUAGUUCCACCUGUUCAGCCCAAGGUUGCCAAGGACUUGGCAGGGAACUUUGUGUACUACAUACCAGACAAGGCUGAAGCGGAGACUUCCACUGAAGGGAAUCCCCCAACAAUGAAGACCUUAGUGUCGGCGUUGGAUAAGUCUCUUAAGAGUACAGAACAAGUUAUCACUCUGUCACCUUCCAAAGGAGUAAACAGCAGUGUCGUCACCAUUAGUGCUGAGAACAUUCUGGGAAGGUUCGAUCCAGAAACCUUGGAUUCCCUAAAUCAGCUCCUGGACGAGGUUGUUGAAAAUCCCGGUACGGCAAGGGACUUGAGUGUCCAAAAUUCUACUGCCAGUUCACAGGGGGUGUCCCCUCUGUCCGCCCCACUGGAGGGACAGACUGGGGGCAUUUUACCUCCAGCUAGCUGUCUUUUACCCCCACACAAACCUACACAACAUGACAUAUCCAGCAGCUCCUUUUUGGGGUCCACUACAGCCAAUCCUAUUAGUAGUUAUGACUUUAGCAUCAGUCAGUGUGUGAACUCAGUUUCACAGUUAAAUUCUGUGACAAAUCAACAAGACAGCAACAUUCAAAUGUCCCAGGCACAUCCUGGUGUGGAGGCCAUUUCUGGUGCUUCAAAUCAAAUUAGAAACGAACAAUCAACUUCACAAACUAUAAACUACAACUGCCAUAUUUCAUCAACUCAAACUGUACUUCAUCAAAAUUCAUUUCAAUCAAAGAGCUUGGAGUUUCCAAUUCCAUCCAGUGAAACGACAAGCAUUUUGGAUCCCAGUACUGUGUCUACAAAUCAAACAGGGACUCAACCUCUUGUUCUGACGGAUCAAAGAUGUUCAAUAUCUGGAAAUUUAGUGAAUUCAUUGCAGAAAAUACCCGUUGAACUUGGACUUGCGCAAGAGAGCAUCGGCCAACCACAAAAGAGUCUCAAUUCAUUGGCUGUAAGUGUAGAUCAGAGUACAGCAUUACUUGUGGACAAGACUACACAACCUUCAUCAGCAUUCACCUCAUACCAUCCUGUUCAAGUGUAUUCAACUCCUUCAUCACAGUACCAACAAAGCAUCAUGUCUACCCCAAAAUACUUACCUCAAAUAGAUGGAAGCGUGUCCACAUCAACGUCGUUUUCACAAAACCAUGGUAAUUUGAACCCCCAUCAGUCCAUUGUCAGUGGAACUCAACAUCUAGCACUUCAGUCAAGUGAAGGAUCUGCUCCACAAAAUCUGACAGACCAGAAUAUGAAUAAUAUUCAACUGCAGAAUUCCGAGGUGGCUGAAUUAUAUUCAUAUAUGAAACAAAUUUCGACAAAAACGCCUCUUUCAAAUGCACUUGAUCAAAGAAAAUUGUUAUCAGCCAAGGUUCCAAGUCCAAGCAGGAAUGGCUUCACACAGAAUUCAGGACUUCCCACACCAAAUAUUCCCAAUCACCGUCCCAUGUAUAACAUCCCCCAAGCCUUGCCACAGUUGCAGCAGUAUUCACAGAACUAUUCGACCAGUUUAACACAGCCUCAUUAUGGAAAUAUGGGACUAUCCCUCACGCCUUCUCCGGCACCCCCUACAAUUGUGAGUAACUUUGAGUAUAAGUCUCCAUCCAAUGGAUCCUCAUACAGAGGCUAUAUGUCUUCUUCUACACCAGGCUUUUACACCCCUAGACCACAAAACAACACUCAGAGCUACGUCCCUGGAAGUUAUCCUGGAUUUAUAACACCAACUCCAGGCACCCCAAGUUCUAAUUUUCCACGGUAUCCUCCACAGUUUUACACUCCCAGGCCACAUAACAGCGCACAGACCUAUCCAGGGUAUGCACAGACUAAUGGCCCCAUGACUGGUGUUCCGAGGAGUCAAUUACCAAGUCGCUCAAGUCAUCCGCUGAAACUCAUGCCAAAAAACCAGAUGACGGAAGUGAAGAAAACUGUCAGUAAAUACCAGCCCGACUUUUCAAAUUAUCCAGAGGUGUGUGUCUGUGAGAAAUAUGACAUGGGGACAGAGAUCCAUGUAGAACAGAUCUGGUUGCAUAUGAAUCAGAUGUACUACCUACCUCAGGUUCAGGUGCUUGCCAUCGGUUCUGAUGAGUUUGUGGGCAUUUUAAGAGAUGACAAAUACUACAUUAGUGUUAGAGAAAUCAUGAUCCGCAUGGUGCCAAAAUUUCAGGAAGAAGUGGAAAGUUAUAUAUUACAAGGCAAGUGCGAUCUAGGCACAAUGACAAUUGAAGAGUUUGAAUAUUUGAAGCAGAGGGGCUGUAUAGACGCAGAAAUUUUUCAGAUUAUUUCUAUGGAAAGCUUGCGAAAAAUGUGCAGAUACUUGUUAAACGUACAUUCUGAGCUGAGUUCAAAUACCAAGAAGCUAACGGAGGCAGCGACUGGUAUUUACUAUCGAAAGAUCCUGGAAAAACAUACGAGAUGCUCCAAAUGUGGAGGAGCCAUGAAGUGUAGUGAUAUUCUGGACCGAUACGAAGCUAUUGAUUGUCCUGUUGGAAUUACAUACAAAGAGCAGAAAAUGGCACUGCUGCAGAAAGAGGUGAUUGAGAAUGCCCUCGGAAAGAAGACGGGCUCACCAAACAGAAUUCUUCCCCAACAGAACUCGGAAUCUUUCAAAAUUGAGAAAAUCAAAAUUGGGCGUUUGAUGGUGGGAGGAACCCAAUUUAACACAUUUAAGAUCAAAGAAAAGUGUUACAUCUCUUUGAGGGAGUUGGUGGCUUAUAAACUCUUGACUCUGCAAGUUCUUCAAAGCAGAUUGGAAAACCUUGCAUGCAGGCCUCGUCCAGCGCCUUCCUUGGUGGACAAGUACUUUGUGAAAAAUAACAUCGAGGUCCAUAACACUCUGUGGAUCGACACGAUCAUUGUCCGAUGUAUGUGUUGUCUUGGACAGCAAAAAACACAUAUGCCCUUACAGAAGCACUUUAAGUGUGGAGACUUUGAAGAGAUUUGGGAUAAAGAAUUGGAGUGUGUGGAUGAAGGAGAGGAGGGGAAGGAUUUGGUUUAUACUCUAAACCCAGACACAGUCACUAUUUCCAACAGGAAAAAAAUCCAGAAAAAAACUCCUCCAAAAUCUGCCUUCAGUGCCUUGCCCUCAGCAACAACUCAAAUAACACUUGGUCCCGGCCAAAAAGUAACAACAAAGCCGUUGAAGAUCAAAGUGAGAGACUUGGCAACAAGUGAGAGAUUUACAAUGAAACCAGCUUACAGGACAUACAAAUUGUCAGAAAAAAAACCUGUAAAAAAGACAGUUGAAAAUGGUAUUUAUGGAGGACCUGUCAAGACACAAUUGAGUGAUUGUAAUAUUCCUGGAAAAAACCACGUAGAAGUAUUCGAAGAUGUCAAUCUGGCCAGCACCUCUUAUGGUAGAAGUUUCAACAACAGGGAUAGGAUACCGACAAACUUGAAUCCAGACAUGGAGCCACAGAAUGAACCUCCAGCAAUGACAGAGGAGUCAAUUCUGGAGAUUGCUGCAAGGGAAGCCAUGUUGAUGCCCGACGACCUGAAUGAUGACAUGGAUGUGGAGUACCCUACUUCUGUGGAUUCUGUUAUACAGUCCAUUGGGAUGGGGGAUGGCCUGCCUUCAGAGGAGUGUGUAAUGCAGGAGAUUGAGAGAGGGGGGUUAAAUCUGUUUGAUGGAGUACUUAGUGCUAGUAUUUGUGGAGACAGUGGUUCAAGGUCUCAGUUAGAGGUGAGUGUUGCUGAUAGACAAACAGAAAAAAAAGCACUUUCGGACAAAAAUUCAGUAAAAGAGCCUGAACGAUUACAACCCAGGUCAACACCACAACAAGAUAAACCACCUGAAAAAAGAAAGGAAGGGCGGAAAAAGAGGGUUCCAAAACGCUUUGAAGAGUAUGACCUUGGUAUGGUGCAGAUUCACCGUGAUGGCUACUGUACAACAGUGAAACAUAAUGAAAAUCUGCUGAAAAAGUCAAAAGACACCAGGAACUUGCAUGUUUUACAUGCACCAUUGUUUAGAGAAAAAUUGAAAGAACCUGAAACAAAACAGAAAAUUCUGAAUGUGAUUAAGCAUUCAGAGAUGGACAGUAUGGUAGAAAUGGUCUCUAGAAAUGCAGAAGAGGCUGCUUCAAUCAGUCCUGUUACUGAUGAUGCUGUGGAGGUAUCAUCUCCAACACAUAGUGACGAUGCUCCAGUAGAAGAGGAGGUGAUUAGCAAUACAUCGAAUGAUAAAAUUCUUAGUGUACCAGUACCAGAAGCCUUGGAACAUUCAUACUCAAAGGAACAAUCACCUGAAGUGAUAGAUGAAAACAAUGUUGAAAAUUUGUGUUCGCCAAUCAAAAACUAUGGAAAUAUUAGUGAACCAUCUAGCCCAAACACCACCUCUUCAUCACAGUCAGAGGAAUCCAAGAGUUCAAGGUUCAAAAGAGCUUGUGAUAAAGUGGCAGCUUUGGAGUCUUCUCAGGAUGAAUAUAGGAUUCUCCAUAUGUUGGCUACAGUAGCAGAAGUGGUGACAGAGUCCGGGGAUAAAGAAAUCGUGCCAUGUGACCAACAAUCUGUGUCAGAUGAACAGCAGUUUGAAGUAUCUGAACAAAGAGCAACAUCAAUUGAACAAAGUGCUGUGUGUGAAAGUGUAAAUUGUGAGAUAAAUGCAAUACAUGGAUCAACAAAUUCAAUGGAUCAAGAAACGUGUACAAAUGAUGUACCACAUACAGAGAAUACACAAGCUAUUGAAAGAGAAGAUGACAGAAUGCUGUCAACCGAUCAGAGAACUGAAGCAAUGGAAGAAGAUAUCAUUGGUAGUGACAGUAUUAUCCCAUUAAACUCCCCUGUAAUGAUUUCUGACGAUGAAUUCUUGGAAGAAGAUGAUACUCAAACGACUGUGUCCCCUGAAAAUGUUCCAAAAUUAGAGUUACGAGGGAGGACAUUAAAGUUCAUUGAUGCGGUGAACAACUACAUGGAUGUAGUGGAGAUCCAGAGAGAGCCCGGGAUCAUCACCAGUAGGAUAAGGUUUCUAGAAGGGGCCAACCUAGCAUUUCCAGGUCUCUAUGGCCAGAGUGGACUUCAAAGACGGAGAGAAUUUGCAGCUCUCUUAAACCACGUACUGUAUUACCAGGAUGAGCUUGAUGAACAGAGCCAAGAAGAAGGAAGUGGGAAAAAUGGUCAUGUGAUUAGAAGGGCCACACGAAGUGACUCCUUAGAGAGAGCAUCGUCCGCCAAAAGGAAAAAGCUGGGCUGGUAGAAACCAAGGGAAAAUGUGUAUCAAUGGACCUCAGGUUGAAGAGAAAUGGAGCGAGACCAAGGUGCUUCAGUGUGUGUGUGAGGAAAACCGCUGUGUGUAUCAUUCAGGAAGACAGUGCAUCUCAGCAAAAGACUUUGCAACUGUAAUACUCUGUAGUGAUCAAACAACCUUUGUUAUUGUUGUACAUUGUUUGAUUGUACGCUUUGUUAUCAGAUGUUAACUAGUGGAAGAACUAGUCAGAUUUUCUCUGUUUUAUUCUUGUUUUUAUUGUGUUCAUUAUGCAAGGAUCGGUGAAAUUUAUUACUGGUGGUGUCAAUUUACAGCUGAUAUUUGUUUUGGGUGGUGUUCAUACUCCACAAAUUCUUAGUCCUUUUUAAAGAUAUUUUUGUAUACUGGUACAAAUUAAAUAUAUGAAAAAGUUUAACAUAAAUCAUUCUUUCAUUCUGAAACUUCCAUAAAACCCAAUCAAAUAUUACAGUUUAUGUUUGCUUAGAAUUGAAAAUUUUUUUUCUAUUUUACAAAAUGGGGCAUGCUAUUUUUUUCUAAAUUGAAUAUGCAUGAAUUGAAUCAACUCAUUGAUUUAUCUGUAAUAGUAGUGUAGUGAAAUAUAUUUUUUUCUAUUAGGGUAGUUGAGCAGUAACGCAUGUUUGUGCAUGUUAAUUUUGAUAGUCAACAUAGUAUAUCUUGUAUUCUUUUUUUUCCCCAUUCAUUGUUACUGUUAAUUUUUUAACUGGUCAAAAGCCUUGUUAAAUAUUUGUUGAAUUUCACACAUCAUUCAUUACAGGUUGUAUUGUAACAUUUCAUACCUUACUGUGUUCAAUUUUGUAAACGUUAAUCUUCAGAGAUAUUUGUAUCAAUUGUACUACUACUUUCACUUUAUUUUUGUUGCUACUGAGCAUGUUAAUACAUGUAUAUGCUUUUAGAUUCCGUCAGAUUUAUCUGACCAAUCUAUAACGCUGGGACCACAGUUUUGUUUUGUUGUAGUUGAAUUUGAAAUGUGUCAAGAAAUAAUAGUCCCUGUUUUAAUAUAAUUGUAUUGGUUGAUGUGCAUUCAGAUCUUUGAAUUUGAAUUACAGUGUAAGAUAUUACCGGUAUGUUUAGACCCCAGGAAAAGUAGGGUCCCAUGUCCCAUCCCACACCCUCGCCCCACCUCAUUCACAAUUUAAUUUUGUACCUGUGCCAUUUCUGUGUUCAAUAGAAUCUUUUUACUUAAAGCUAAGUAAAACUUUUGAUGGAGUAUGUGUUUUUUCAGACUGUCCAAUUCUAAUACUGGGUAGUUAGAUUUUGUAUGUUUCAUCAAACAAUGUUUUGAUCCUUUCUUAUGCUGUAUUU